AUGCACCGCUCUCUCCUCCUUACCCUCCUCACCACCGCGAUAGCGGUCCUCGCCCGACCUCCAAGCCGCCACCCCCAUUCCCCCUCCGCCGCUGCCGCACCAGGCACCAUCAAAUGCCCCAUCAUCUUCGACGGCCGCAUAAAAACCACCACCCAGCUCACUGACUUCGACAGCUACAGCACGUCCCCCUUCAACCCGGACUACGUCAAAGGCCAAACCCUCAAAUGGUCCGACAUCAUCAAGUUCCCCUCUGUGUCUCCAUCUCGUUUCGACGACCCCGACCAACACAAACCCAUUGAAGUCACCAUCAGCGACGCAAGCAUCUUCAUGAACCAGCGCGGGUUCCGUCGGGCCGGGCUCCAAUUUCAGGGGGACAGCAACACUGGCAGUGCGGGUAGCAAGGGCGUCAAGACGAUUCAUUUUAGUGUUAGGUGGGAUAAUGCCCGGCCGUUGAACUUGAGCCAUGAGUAUUUGAACGUGUGGCAUGAGACGGCGGACUACUCGGCGAAUCAGUUUAAUUUCGAAGGAGGUGCGAUUCUUGGGCAGACGCAGUUGCCGGCGGACACGUGGAAGGUGUUGGAUCGGAAUAAUAGGCAGAUCUGGGCGGUGAAGAUUGAGAGGGAGGGGUGGCAGAAUUUCGCGAUUACGGUGGAUUAUGAGAAGAAUACUCUGCAAGUCUACUACUCCAAGGAUGAUGAGCCCCUGACCGCGGUAACCAGCGCUGUGUACAACAACAAUGCGGGUGAGGGUCAGUUCCAAAUUGGUAUUCUGAAGAAACCGACGGGGACCAGUGAUGUGGUGAACUCGGGCUAUCAGUCACCUAAUCUUGAUGAGGGGCUUCUCUAUGGAGGACUCUUUGUGGAAGACAGCGCUGGCGGGUGUGUGUCUUUGUGA